CUUCAUCAUUCAUCCAUCCAGCAUCAGCUUCACCUUCUUCACUUCUCCAGUCCAUCAACAAUGAGCUCGCAGGUUGCAUUGCUGCUCUUUUGCAUGUUCUUUACUAAAGCACUGGCGCUGAAAUGCAAUCAAUGCACAUCCAGUGGACCGUGCUCCCCAGUUACACAGGUGGACUGUCCAGGAACCCAGUGCGCCAGUAUUACUGCUUCUGUCACUGCAGCUGGUGUUAAGACGGAUGUUAAUGUGAAGACUUGUGGAGCCCCGGAUGAGUGUGCAACCCAGAGUUUAAACUUUGGAUUAGUAAAAGUCACCAGCAAUGCCAAAUGCUGCAGUACUGACCUCUGCAACACUGAUGCACCAGCAGAUCUUGCACAGUCAGCCAAUGGAAAAAUGUGUUACACCUGUGAUUCCAAUUCCAACUGCUCGAAAACAUUGAACUGUAUGGGGAGUGAAGAUCGCUGCAUUAGUGCUACAGUUGAACAAGGUGGCAACAAAAUUGCCAUGAAAGGAUGUGUGAGCAAGAUUGUCUGCGAUGCUGCCUCAGGAAGCUCUCAGCAGGGGAUUGCUAUGACUAAGCUGACCUGUUGUGAGGGGAACCUGUGUAACGGAGCUGAGACGUUUACUCUGAGUUUCCUGAUCCUGGUGGUUCCUCUGCUCUCCUCCAUCCUCCUCCACUGAGCUCUCCACUGAUAAAACACUUUCAUUAAAGUUUAAUCUACUGUAAGAAUUUAUUUUGAGUAAAAUUUGAUUAAUAAAUAAAGAAUUUCCUCCCAA